AUGGGUUGCACCGUCUCAUCCGAUGGGACCAAAUUUGCUCCAUCGGAACUCGACCUGAUUUGGCGCCGGAUGAGCAUCGAUGGACGGCCGCAAAUCCCAAAUCUCGACAAAAAUCGGUGGAAAAUUUUCAGUUUAUGCAAGAAAAAUGCGAGGAUUUGUUUAGAAAUUGGAAGAUUUUGAGAAUCGUCCUCGUCUCGACCUUCAAAGAUUUCCGCAAUGAGAGGGCUGCCAUUCAUAAAUUGGCCAGUUUUCGAAUGAAAUUUUGAAAAAUUCAAUGAUUUUUUUGAAGUUAGGACUUUUUUGAAUUUUUUGAAAAUUCCGGAUUAAGUUUGAAUAUUUCAGAUCGAGGAGGAACUACAGCCAAUCGCCUCGAAAAGCAAGAUUUUCCUUCAACUCGAAGAUUUCAACUCGGUAUUUUUUUCAUUAAUUUUGAAAAAAAUUAUGGGCUCGCUGUAUAGUUUUUGGCGUAGAAAUAUUUAUUUUUUUCAAAAUUUAAAAUUUCUAUCAAUCGUUUAAAUAGCUUUUUUUUGUUGCAAAAAAAUAGAAAAAAAUGAGGAAAAAUGUUUGAAAAAAAUAGAUGUGGAAUCAAAAAGGGGAUCCGAUAAACCUGAAAAAAAGUAAUGUGUAGAAAACAGCCUCUAAAAAUAUGAACAAGUGCGCUCUAUUGAUAAUUUUUUUCCUUUUUGAACGGGAUUUUUUUAUGAAAAAAAUUUAUUUAUUUUUUUCUCUUGUUUGUUCUAAAAGAAAAUAGCUUCCAUUUUUCGGGUCUUAUGUGCUCCGUGGAUACUUUUUCACCUAGAUUUUCACAUCUCCAAAAAUAUCGACUUUAGGGCUCAAAAUCCAACUAUGACGAAAUUUCUUCGGUCUACAUGUUGGCUCAUUGUAUCCGGGAGGCAAAAAGUCACGAUUGGGCCUAUAUUCAUCUUCUGGGGUUAGUUUUAAGCUUCAGUUUUUUUUUCAAUAUAUGGUUAUAAAAAGGGUCUGAAAAAGAAGAGCAACGGGAAAGUUUGAAAAAAAAAACCUCAUUUUUGACGAAAAAAGAGGAAAAAAAAAUUGAUUAGAUCAGCUUUUUAGGGACUCGAAAAAAUUAAAAAAUUGAAAAAUUGAAAACAGUACCUUUGUAACCUAUUUUAGGCCAGGAAAAUACUUGGAUUUUUUCGAUUCUACAUGAAAAUUGAGCUAGUCCAGCUCAUAUUACUGGUAAAAAAUUGAAGAUCUCAAGUCGAUUUUUAAUUCAAAAGUUACAAAACCUCAGGUUAGUCAGUUAUUCAUCUCGGGAAUCUCAAAAAUUCAGCUCCAUUUGACAAUUUGAAGACAAAUAAGCCAUGAAAAAAAAAAUAAUAAAGACAAGAUCUGCACUUCCGUCUGAUCCAACGCGCGGAUUCGGGAAAAAUAAAAGCGAGAGAGAGAAAAUAGAUCCCACGGAUGGAAACAGCUUUAAGCUUGAAGGAGAAGCCGCGGCAAGCCAAACCGGUCGCUUUUUUCGUCCCCCCUUCUCGAGGGAGAAAAGAUAAAGUGAAACGAAUGUGAUAGGGUCAAACAGGUAUUGGCUUUGGUUGGUGUAUGGCCAGAAAGGGAGGGCUGAUUUUGUGGAACAAACGGCGACUUUCGACGGCCAGAUCCUUUUUGUCUCUCGACUUGACCGCCCCAGGCGCUUGUCUUGUUUAAUCAAGCCUGUUUUCCAUAUGCGGAUGGAUGAGGAGCGGAUGACGUCCUCACAGUUUAAUCGCGUCUGAUCGCGGGUCCCAGUCGAAUAAGGGAAGGGAAAGUGGUCAUUUUAGGGACCGAGUCUAAGUUUUUUUUUGUUCAGAGUUCUUUGAGAGUUUUGAAAAUUUGAGAGAUCUUUCAAUGUAUUCCUUGAGAGGCAACUGGGGUCACUUAAACGGCUCCUUAGCACGCCAAUGAGGAGCGGAAGUAGUCAUUCUAGGGAUCUGAACAUUUCCGUUCGAAGAUAAUUCGAAAGUUUGAGAGAUCUUCCAAUUUAUUCUUCGAUAAGCAACUGUGGUCACUUAAGUGGACCCUUAGCGAGCCAUUCUAGGGAUCUGAAUAUUUCCGUUCAAAGAUAGUUUCAAAAUUUGAGGGAUCUUCCUAUUUGUUCCUUGAGAAGCACCUGUGGUCCCUAAAGUGGGCCCUUAGCAAGCCAAUGAGAAGUGGAAGUGGCCAUUUUAGGGAGCUAAAUAUUUCCGUUUUAAGAUAUUUUGAAAAUUUAAGAGGUUUUACAAAUUAUCCCUUGAGAAGCAAUUUUGGUCACUUAAGAAGACCCUUUGUAAAGAAAAGCUCGAUUUCAUACGAUGAGAAGUGGAAGUAACCAUUUCAGGGAUCUGAAUAUUUUCUGUCAACAAUAGUUUGAAAAUUUAAGAGAUCUUUCAAUUUAUCCCUUGAGAAGCAGCUGUGGUCACUUAAGUGGUCCCUUAGCAAGCCAUUAAGGAGCGGAAGUAGCCAUUCUAGGGAUCUGAAUAUUUCCUGUCGAAGAUACUUGGAAAAUUUGAGAGAUAUUCCAAUUUAUAUCUUGAGAAGCAAUUUUAGUCACUUAAGAGGACCCUCAGCAAAGAAAAGCUGGGUGUCAUUAGAUGUGAAGUGGAAGUGAUCAUUUUAGCGAUCUGAAUAUUUCUGUCAAAAAGAAGGUUGAGAUAUUUUCCUUUCAAGAGGAUUUUUGAGAAGCUACUUUAACCACUCCUAUUAUUUCUGUGAGAGCUACAUUGCAAAAAAGUUAUUUUGAAGCGUUCCAAAAUACAACCUCAAUCCGUUUUCAGGGAAUGUGUCGGUUACAUACUCGAAGAUACGUUCAAAGACGACCGAUUCCUGAAACGAAACAACCUUUCUGUGGGACUCAGUCUCAAUGAAAUCGCCCUAGGUCUGGCUGGCUUCAGAACUUUGAACUGUAAAUCGACCUCUUUUGAACUUGUCGAGUAAAACGCUGACUUUGAGCCCUAUUCCUUCACCGAAAUCCGGCGUUUCUGGACGAAAUCCCGUUCAAUGUCCAGUCCUUCACUGAUGACGAGGUUCUUCGUCAAAGAGCCAUAUACUUUGCCGCAAACGUCAAAAAUAAUGCCAGGGUAGGGUUUUUUAUGCAUUCAAAUUGAAUACCAAUAGCGUGAACCACGAAAAAAUCAUCAAAAAAAUAUUUGUAGAAAAAAAAAUCGCAAAAAAGCGUAAACUUGAAUUUUCCGCCACGUUCAGAUGAAUUUAUCAUAGCUGUUGCCACAGGUAGGCUCUCUGACGCUUUGAAACGGUAAAAUUCGCUUCAAAUAAAGGUAGCCGCUUCGCGACCGCAUCGCUCCGCCCCAUUCUUGCUUUCCAUACCUAUUCAGGAACGCCAGAGUGGCCCCUAUAGGGAUUAAGGAAAAAAACAGCCCGUAGAGGCGGUAAAAGUGCUCACUGUAGGGAUAAAAUGGGGUGGUUCCUGUAGGGAUUUAGGGUCUGACCCUUAAGCUCCUAAGUUUCAAGUGGCCCCUACAGGGUCUUCAGAUUUUUUGUUCAGAUUCAAAAUUUAAAAGGGAAGCUUGAUCCUUUAUUGAUAUUUCUCAUUCGAAAAACGGCAUUUUAUUCAUUUUUUCGCAUAAGUUAUCGAUUUAUAAACGACCGGCAUGAUUUCCUAUAGGGGCCACUUUUGCAUAUUCAGUGCCUCUUAUAGGGGAGGCAAAGUGGUCCCUAGAAGGGCCCCUAAUGUUGUCCCUAUAGGGUCCUCUUAAGUGUUUCUAAACGAGCUCUAGCGACAAUUAAGAGAGUUUUUCAGCCGACGGCCUACAAGGAGUACAGCGUCAAGACCGACGGCAUGAACAAUCCGCAUUUCAAGCAAAUCGUCCUGACCGGUCUCGAGCCUAUGCUCAGUGCCGUGGAGCAACUUAUCCGCUCGGCCAUUUCUCAAUCCUAUCCGUCUCCAUCGCCUCCGUUGGGCGGCGCCGAACUUUUGGCACAGUAUUAUUCGAAUAUUUCUCUUCCUCACGUGGAGAGCGUCGUUCGGCAGGUAUCGGUCUCUCCUUCAAGUUUUUGGUGUGUCUUUCAAAGGAGCAUAGACGUUUUCCAAGUAAUCUUAAGCCAUUCAAGAAUCCUGAGCCUUAAAAACAACUCUCCAGUCCAGCUUGUUCGCUCCACCGAACUAGGCUUCUAAUUUGCUGAGCCUUCUUAGACUGAGCUCAGUUUCAGGUCCAAGAAAACGCCUCCCGACCAGGAAUUACUGUAGUUUGUGGCAAUUACGGUAGCGGGAAGACAGCUGUGUGUAUGGAGCUACGAAAUAAACUCCGGCCAGAACCAAUUUGGAUCUCUGCCAGGCCUGGAAUGAAUUCUGAAGACGUUCUGAGGGACGUCGGACGACGGGGGAAAGUUAUUGUGAGCUUUUAGAGUAUCGGACGGCUCCAGUGGUCACUUCAGGGAUUUAAAUAGAUCUGACAGCAUUAAAGUUUUCACUAUAGUAGGCUUGGAAAUUAGUGAUAGUUCAAAGGGCAACUUUAAGGCCUAGCACCAGCUAUAGUUGUCACUAAAGUGGUUAGAGAUAAGGGACCGCUAUAGGAAUUUUGUAAAAAUUUACUUUACUUUCUUACUGUAGUAGACAAGGAUAUGACCAAAAUGGCCUCUUUAGGGGCGUCUUCAAGCUUGAGUGGUCACUAUAAAAAAAAAUGGUUAUUAAAGGAGCAUACAACUCUCUUCAGAACAUAUCCUGACCGGAAAAAUUACAAAAAACUCAUUUUUUCAGGUAUAUGAAGACGUCAGGCAUAAGAUGACGUCCGUGGUGAUUAUCGACGAUGCGGACUUGGUAAGAUUUGAUAUUUUUGAAAAAAGGGCUCAUUUCAACGCUGGUACUGUAAUUCCUCUCUCUUUGAUCGUUAAAAGACAUAUUUUUCAAAAAUCAAUGAUUCUUUGAAUUUUAUGACGAGUUGAUGAAAAUUCUGGAUAUUCAGCUAGGAAAGGAGCUUCUGAAGGUGGUCGAGGAGCUGUCAGAACGGGCUUCAGUGGUGGUGACGGUGCGGAAAAGCAAACCUUCCAUGAAAUUUUCAAAUUGCGAGAUUUUCGACCUACCGCCCAUGCCGGAAGCUGUAGCUUUGGUACGUUCUGGUUUUUUUUUCUAAAGUUCAAAAAAGUUAUCAAAAACCUGCUAAAUAUUCGAAAAAUAAAUCUGGACGCAUUGAGAAUGGCUCGAGGGCAUCAAAAAAGUAAGAAGAAUUCAUAGAAAAAAUAACUUUAGACGGUUUUCGAAACAGUUAUUUGGAAAGCAGUGCUACCGUAACACCUGUAGCCAUUCCAAAUGCGACCAAAGGGUCCUAGAUGCGUAGAGUCAAGUAUGGAAUAAAAUAAGUGGAACCACCUAAAAAGAUUUUUUUUUGAGUCCUAUUUAUUUUUUUCAGCGGAGUGUCGUUUGCGAAAAUGAAGAAAAAAUAUUUUUUUUGGAUUUUUUUUUCAGUUAUUGAGUUUUAUACAAAAAUACACUGAUAAAUGUUAGUUUUCUGAAAACUGGCCAUAGUCUCAAUUCAAAUUGUGCAAAAUAGAAAAAUUGAUUAAUCAAUGCAAAAAAAAUGAUCCUACGUUUGCAACUUCGAAAGUUAGAGAGCGUUGAAAAAUGAGAGGGCAUAAAUUUUUUUUCUCUGAGAACCCUCUUGUCUACCCGUCCUCUCUAGCUUUCGAAUAUUCAAUCAGGGAGUUUUCAAAACCAAAGUUAUUUUCCGGAAUUUUAAAAUUCACAGAAAAGACUGGCCCGAUGGCUGGAUGGCCCCUUGGCUGGCGACGGACUUUCCUCGCCAGAAUCUGUACAAAAAGCUGAAAAAAUCCUGAAACUUUCUUCGAAAUCGGAACCGAAAGAUAUUGAGGAAGGUUUUCGCUUUUCAAUUUUAUUAUUUUAUGUGUUUUCAACAGGAAGGAAGGAGAAUUUGGGCUGGAACGAGUGGAAAUGUCGAAUAAUUGGUUCCCUGAGUCGAUUAGGAACAACGGAUGAGAAAUGCGCCAAUUUGGUGAAUAUCAGUACUUCGAGGUAAGAGUGAGAGAUCAACGGCGGCCUGAAGAGACGCCAGAAAAAUCAGGCAGUUUUGUUUCUCUGGUAUCUCUUUAAUAUUCUGUUGUCACUGGCAUCUUUUUUAUCGGCGCUCGGGAAAUCGCUCGAAGCGUCGCGGUCGCUUCGCGGUUGGAAUAAUUUAGCUUUUGGGACAUUUUUUUUUCAUUUUUGAACGGAAAUUUCGAAUUUUUUGUAGAAAAAAAAUUAGCUUCAAACGAAAAUUUGAUGGGGACCAAAGUCCAAUUUUUUAGGGACCUUGAGAAAAACUAUUGGUUCUGAAAAAUUUUGAGAAAUUAAGCUAUUUUUAUUCCUUAUUCUAAGGAAAAUGUCGUUUUUCGGAUUUAUCUGUUCUUCUUUUCUCAAAAAUCUUAUCAUUUUGCCUUCUUGAAGAAGUUCUCCAGGAUAAAAGACAUAGAAGGACUUUGAAAAGACCCUUUUUUGGUCAUUUCGAACUCUGACAGCUUUUUAAUUUAUAUUAAUUAAUAUAAUUAUCAUCCAGAGUAUGCGAAGCCGAAGUUUGUCUGAUGGAAACGGAAGGCCGUGGACAUUUAUUGAUUGGGAUAUUGUGUUUUCUGACGAUCGUUGAGACCGGCUUAACUGAGACGGAACUCCGGAGCCUGCUUGCUAAAGAGGAUCACGUUUUACCGAGUGGAUUUCGCAAGAAAAUCCUCCCUUUUGGUAGGAAAAUCCUUUUUUUCUGUUCAAAACGUUUUCCUGGGAUGUUAGGAGCCUUAUAUGGUUUCAAAAAAUCUAAUAUUUUUCAGAGCUAAAGAAAUAAAGUUUAAGGACCAGAAUAGCUUGAACAAGAUGCAUUUGAAAAUUAGAAGAAAUUUUAAAAAGUAUCAGCGUCGCUUCAUAUAAUUAAGAACUUCAGAAUGGUCGCUAUAGGGGCAAACUUAAGGGUCUUUGGAGGAUCACUCUAGGGACCACUUUACCAAUCCCUAUAGGGACCACUAAAGCUUGCAAAAGUGAUCCCUAUAGGGGUUUUAGUUAGUGGCUUGUUAUGAACUCAAAGCGAAGAAGCGUUUCCAAGGGAAAAACUGAAUUUAUAAGCGUUCUUCGAAUGAAAUUGAAAACCUCUAGAGGGCCCACUUGAGCUUUAGGGGCUAAGGGGUCAGACCUUAAACCCUAUAAAGACCACCUUAAUUUUACUUCGAUAGGGAGCUCUCUAGAAUAUUUAUUUCAGAAUAUUCCUUGGAACCUUAUGGGAAAACUCUUGGCCAAGUUUCGGCCCUCCGUUGGCGUUUUUGUGCGUUGAGAUUGGCCCAUAUUCUUCUCAAAAUCGACGAUGAUUCGAACCAUUUUCUCCUUCCUUCGGUCUUCAAAAGAAUUGUUUGUAAAAGGUGCUCUAAAACCUUUGGAAAAAAAAAAGAAAUGCUCGGUUUUCAGGUAUUUGCACUCGGCAAACAAUCGAAACCAUUUCAAAUCGCGUUUGGGACACGUUAUCAUCGAACGGCCGAUGCCGUGGACCCAGCAUCGACUGGCAGAAAUCGCUUUUUAUUUGUGA